ACCUCCCUCUAAUUUUUUCUAAUCCGCUCACUACAUUCUUUAUACCUUUGUUACGAUGAUAUCUGUCAAGUUUGUCCUUGCCUCCGUUCUGGUCGCUGCAGUCAGUGCUCAGACUCCAAGAUUCCUUUCACCCGUCCUUCUCGAACCAGGCAAUAACUCGGGCAAGUGCCUUACUGCUGCGAGUAACUCGAAUGGCGCGCAGGUCACUAUCCAGGCUUGCACUGGUGCCGAUGCCCAGCAAUGGACAUUCGAGAGUGGCUCCGUGAAGCUGUUCAACAAGACCAAAUGCCUCGACGUAACUAACGGAGCCAAUGUGGAUGGCACGAAGCUCCAAAUUUGGGACUGCAGCAAUAAUGGCAAUCAGAACCAGCAGUUCUAUUACACUGGAGACAACCGUCUUGCAUGGACGAACCAUGGCAAGUGUGUUGACCUUACGAACGGAAGCCAGAACGACGGCAAUCAGAUCCAGGUCUGGACUUGCACGAGUAACAACGCGAACCAGGUUUGGGAAGCGGGUUACCACGUCACUAAGCUACCCAACAAGUCGCAGGACGGCCAGUCUGGCAUCAAUAACUGUGGAACGACGAACUCGCAAACCUCGCAGUGCCAGACUGCAUGGAUCAAUGAUGUGGACGACUUUUGUCUGUGGGCACCGCCUCAGCCUGGUACCGUUGGCGACACUGAGCAAAUUGAGGUCGCAUGGUGCACCAAGACCGGACGCGGCUCUCGUACUGUCCCUGAUGGGACGCUUCAGGGUGUGCACUUUGUGAAGACGCCGGACUACGUUCAAGUUACCGGUGUCGGUGAUUUCACGAAGAUGAACAUCCCGAACGGUGACGAAGGAGGUGAACUCGACCCGCAUGGUCCAGAUGGUCGAGGAAACCCCGUCGGUGGUCUCGUAUUUGGCAACUCAUUCGGUGCGAACCAGCAAUACCACGAAUGGACGUCGUUCAUGGCAUACAACGAAUUCUGCUUCCGUGCCUGUGUCGGCCCGAAUGCCGCAGUGAACUGCAAUCACAUUUACGACGUGAUGGGAUGCUACUGGAACAUGCCUGCGAACUACGACUCAGGUGUCUUUGAGAGCUGUGAUGGCGAUGAUGCUCAACCGAUGGGUGUGUACGGUACUUCGACCUGGUUCCAAGGCCAGAACCCCACUCCGCCGCCGCACCCGCAGCCAAGCUCGAGUAACUGCCAAACCGUCCCUACUGUCACCGCUUCGCCGCUGAAGAAGCGCCAGGACAUGGCAAAGGUCUUCGUUCGCAAGCAGUCUUAAAUCGAGCAAGAACAAAAAACUUGACAUGGACAUAACCCCCUCCCCCCUCUUAUUCGCCUUCCUCUUGGACUAUCCAUUGACUCUGUUGUUGUCUGUUUGGUAUUUUUGAGGUGUCGAACCCUCCACUCCUUUGUUGUUACGCAAUACCUUAAUGCCUUGUGUAAAUGGACCUUCGCUCCGUCUUGGACUUUAGCUGAUACAUAGUUACG